AUGGAACCGGAAGUUCUGGUGGAGGCGGGAAAUGGUAAUGGCACGGAACGUCAUGGGCGCGCCUGCAGCUCCAAGAAGCAGCCUCCCCGCAAGCGCGCGCUCCCUUGGGGCAUCCUCGAAGUCGCCCCGCUGGCGGGAAUCAGGAGGAGCCACGCGGGGGCCGCAAACACGCCACCAGGGGGCGCUCGGCGGCCCACAUCCCGCCCCACCGGCGGCGCCGGCUGCCGGUCACGUGCCCCUGCCGUCACGUGCCUGCCAGUGCGGGACCUGAGUGUCGCUGCAGGCCGGGGUGGCGCGGAGGGGUCGCUGGACUGUAGUGCCCGAGACCUCUCGCUGCCCUGGAUCCACGUCCCAGUCAGCAGGAUUCCCUUCCCAGAUGAAGGGAAGGCGUCAUCUCCACUUGCAUCCCGCUGGCCACGCCCAAAUCGCCUGGGCCCCAGUCUCUACGCAGAGGUGACUCACCACGCCUGUUCCGAGAGGCUCUUGUUGCGCUCAGCGUCUAUUGCGCAGGUCUCCUGCCAUCAGAUCCUAAUGCACAUUAAGCGCCUCUGCAUCCACGGCUUCUCUGCUGCCCAGCUGACCAUGGGCAUGGGGCAGCUGCCCUGCUCCAGGCACCUGGCCUGGCCCCUGCUAGGGACAUGCGCCUUCACCCUCUUGGCCACAGCUGCCCUCAUGGCGCACAUCCUGCAGCGUGAUUUCACCGUGGUUCCCCGAGAGUGGAGCGGGCUCUCCCAAGGACUGGAGGAGGCUAACCAAGCUCACAGCCGGGGGCCCGAGCAUGCCCCGGAGAGCCGCAGCAGGCCCGGGCCAGUGCCCACACAGUGCGACGUGCCCCCCAACAGCCGCUUCGACUGCGCCCCCGAGGCGGCCAUCACCCAGGAGCAGUGCGAGGCCCGUGGCUGCUGCUACAUCCCUGCUCAGCAUGGCGCCCAGGGCCCCCGAAUGGGGCAGCCCUGGUGCUUUUUUCCCCCUAGCUACCCCAGCUACAGGCUGGAGAACCUCACCGCCACACAGAUGGGCUACACAGCCACCCUGACCCGCGCCGCCCCCACCUUCUUCCCUAAGGACAUCCUGACCCUGCGGCUGGAGGUGCUGAUGGAGACCGAGAGCCGCCUCCACUUCACGAUCAAAGACCCAGCUAACAAGCGCUAUGAGGUCCCCCUGGAGACCCCGCAUGUGCAUAGCCGGACCCUGGCCCCGCUUUACAGCGUGGAGUUCUCCCAGGAGCCCUUUGGCGUGGUCGUGCGCCGGAAGCUGGACGGCCGGGUGCUGCUGAACACGACAGUGGCGCCUCUGUUCUUCACUGACCAGUUUCUGCAGCUGUCCACCACCCUGCCCACCCCGUACGUGGUGGGCCUUGCCGAGCACCUCAGCCCCCUGAUGCUCAGCACCAACUGGACCAAGAUCACCCUCUGGAAUCGGGACAUGGCCCCCGAGCCCGGCGUGAACCUCUACGGCUCCCACCCCUUCUACCUGGUGCUGGAGAACGGGGGUUCAGCCCACGGGGUAUUCCUGCUAAACAGCAACGCCAUGGACGUGGUCCUGCAGCCGAGCCCGGCCCUCAGCUGGAGGACAACAGGUGGGAUCCUGGACGUGUACGUCUUCCUGGGGCCGGAGCCCAAGAGCGUGGUGCAGCAGUACCUAGCGGUCGUGGGGUACCCGUCCAUGCCGCCCUACUGGGGCCUGGGCUUCCACCUCUGCCGCUGGGGCUACUCCUCCACAGCCAUUGUCCGCCAGGUGGUGGAGAACAUGACCAGGGCCGGCUUCCCCCUGGACGUCCAGUGGAACGACCUGGACUACAUGGAUGCCAGAAGAGACUUUACCUUCAACAAGGACGGUUUCGAGGACUUCCCCGCCAUGGUGCAGGAGCUCCACCAGGGCGGCCGGCACUACGUCAUGCUGGUUGAUCCCGCCAUCAGCAGCACGGGCCCCGCGGGGAGCUACAGACCUUAUGAUGAGGGUCUGAGGAGGGGAGUCUUCAUCAUCAACGCCACUGGGCAGCCACUGAUUGGGAAGGUGUGGCCCGGAGCCUCUGCCUUCCCUGACUUCACCAGCCCUGAGACCCAGAGCUGGUGGCAGGACAUGGUGGCCGAGUUCCACUCCCAGGUGCCCUUCGACGGCAUGUGGAUUGACAUGAAUGAGCCGUCCAACUUUGUAAAGGGCUCUGAGGUCGGUUGCCCCGACAAUGAGCUGGAGAACCCGCCAUAUGUGCCAGGCGUGGCGGGCGGGACCCUCCGGGCAGCCACCAUCUGUGCGUCCAGUCGCCAGCACCUGUCUUCUCACUACGACCUGCACAACCUGUACGGGCUGACCGAGGCCAUCGCCUCCCACAGGGCCCUGGUGAUGGCUCGGGGGACACGCCCCUUUGUGAUCUCCCGUUCAACCUUUGCCAGCCAUGGCCGCUAUGCCGGCCACUGGACGGGGGACGUCUGGAGCAGCUGGGAGCAGCUCGCCCUGUCGGUGCCUGCAACCCUGCUCUUCAACCUGCUGGGCGUGCCCCUGGUGGGGGCUGACAUCUGCGGCUUCCUGGGCAACACCUCAGAGGAGCUAUGCGUGCGCUGGACCCAGCUGGGGGCCUUCUACCCGUUCAUGCGUAACCACAACAGCCUCGACAGCCUGCCCCAGGAGCCGUACAGGUUCAGUGCGACGGCGCAGGAAGCCAUGAGGAAGGCCUUCACCCUGCGCUACGCGUUGCUGCCCUAUCUCUACACGCUGUUCCAAAGGGCCCACGUCAGCGGCGAGACGGUGGCGCGGCCCCUCUUCCUGGAGUUCCCCCAGGACCCCCACACCUGGACCGUGGACCGCCAGCUGCUGUGGGGGGAGGCCCUCCUCAUCACCCCAGUGCUGGAGGCCGGGAAGACUGAGGUGACCGGCUACCUCCCCGCGGGCACGUGGUACAACCUGCAGACGGUGCCAAUGGACGCCUUGGGCAGCCUCCCACCGCCGUCUCCCACACCCCUCAAGUCAGUCAUUCACAGUCAGGGACAGUGGGUGAUGCUGCCAGCCCCACUGGACACCAUCAACCUCCAUCUGCGGGGCGGCUACAUCAUCCCCUUGCAGGGCCCGAGCCUCACCACCACCGAGUCCCGCAAGCAGCCCAUGGCACUGGUGGUGGCCCUGAGCUCAAGCGGGGAUGCCCAGGGGGAGCUGUUCUGGGACGAUGGAGAGAGCCUGGGGGUGCUGGAGCACGGGGCCUACACCCUGGUCAUCUUCCUGGCCAAGAACAACACCGUCGUGAACAAGCUGGUGCACGUGGCCAGUGAGGGGGCCGGCUUGCAGCUGAGGAAGGUGACUGUCCUGGGUGUGGCCACAGCCCCGCAGCAGGUCCUCUCCAAUGGCGUUCCCGUCUCCAACUUCACCUACAGCCCUGAUACCAAGAUCCUGGACAUCCCUGUCUCUCUCUUCAUGGGAGAGCAGUUCCUCAUCAGUUGGUCCUGACU